AUGACAUAUGAUGAAGCUGAGAUGCUUGAGAAGGCGCCCGUCUCUCAUAGAAAAAUGCCAACGAAAAAAAAUCAAAGUUACGGAAUAAACGCGGCUCUGCGCGAGCGCACAGUGCACACCUUAUUAUACAUAAGCUCUAACAUUCCACUGAUCGCCAACUACCGCUCGGCGCCACGACGAUCAAACACUUGUCUGUGUGCCAUUCACACUAAUAAUGAUUUUAUUAUUCGAGCGCUUUACAAUACUAAAACGAUCCCCUACGUGUCUGCCUCUGUACCUAUUGACCAAAUCAUUAUGUUACGAAACUGGCUUAGUGUCGUGAUCAUUGAAAACCUCGAGCGCAAAACCGGUUGGACAAAGACUUUGACGCAGCCAGUGGACGGUCGCCCUGGAAUUGCGCGUCGACUGCAGAGGCCGUGGCGCGGCACGAAGAAGGAAAUCUACAAGGAAACGAAAACAAAAUCAAAUUCAGCAGGUCUGCUGCAUCGUUUGAAACUCCUGUACGUUUAUGUACAGUAUAGAAUAAGUUAUGAUAAGCGCAAUAUUGUGCGCAACCGACAACCGACUUUGGAGUAUCAGGGCGCUCCAGGAACCAAUCGUGGAGAUAACUAUACAUCGAUGGUGUAUCGGAUCACCUUGAAAGGUAUUCGAAGACACACCGAGCCCGACACUCCUUGUGAAUAUAAACACGAAGAGCCUUGGUUAGGUUCUAUCAUCUACAAAUGUCUUCCUGAAAGUAUUUUACGUAGGGAAGCGUUUAAAAGUGACGAGUUGUUCUGCAACGAAGUCGCUUUCUAUAACAAAAUAUGGCCUGCGCUUUCGGAAUUCCAACAAAAAUGGAACUUGAAGUCACCGUUCAAGUCCAUACCGAAAUGCUACCUAGCGCAGAACGACCUAGUGAUUUUAAAAGAUCUAAAACAGUUGGGAUUUGUUAUGCCUGAUCGACGCAAGGGUCUGAGCAUUGAACAAUGCUACUUCGUGUUAAAGCAUUUGUCACAGUUCCACGCACUGUCGUUAGCGAUGAAGAGCGACAACCCUGAAGGAUUCUACGAACUGUUAAAUAUACAGGAUGGAAUCUCUGAAGUGUUCUUCGCAGCGGAGAAUCAAGAAUAUUACCGGACUUACUAUCGUGAAGCCACACGCAACGCUAUUGCAAUGGUAGAACAGGAACUCGAGGGUUGCGAGAAUAAACACACGUACCUCGAGAAGUUCAGGCAGUUUUGCGACGAGGACAACUUCUUCCAGACCAUGGUGGAGUUGGUAACACCUAAAGAGUCUCUCGCAGUAAUAAACCACGGUGACUGCUGGACGAACAAUCUACUAUUCCGUUACGUCGACGGUGAUAUAGCCGAGAUGUACAUAGUAGAUUUCCAACUGGUCCGUUACGCAUCACCGACUCUUGAUCUGGCUUACUUGAUGUAUCUUUGCCUGACGCGUGAGCAACGAGAGGAACACCUGCCGUCUCUGCUGAAGUACUACUCGGACGAGCUUCAUUGUCGGCUCCUCGAAAUGAGCGACCAAAAAUCCGAGUUUAACCACAGUCUAAGCAGAGACGCGUUGCACAGCAUGUUGCAAACGGAGUUCAAGCGAAGCAGCCGCUUCGGCCUUGGGAUUGCAUUAGACAUGUACCCCAUCAUGACAUGUGACAGCACAGAAGCUCCUAAUCUUUAUCAGGCUAAGGAAAGCGGUCUAGCGCCUUCACAUGACAACGUGAAACCUGUAUGGACUUCAAAUGCAGUGUGCAGAAAGAAAAUGAGUGAUUUAGUGCAAGAACUUGUUGACGGUGGCUUGUUAUAAUAUAGUUAAGUAUUCCUAAGUAAUAAGCGCUUAAGCAGAUAGUCAUAAUUGAGUGUCGUAUCCGUGGACAAGAUGUAAUCGGUGUGAACUGUGAGAGGAGAGAAGUGUAGAUUACAGCAAAGUAUAUCAACAGUCUUCCAUUCUUCAAAUCAAAACGAUCACAUAUAAUCAAAUAAUAUCUACGCUGAUCGGGGAUACUUGUUUGUAUAUUACUAUAUUUAAGAUAUUAUUGUGCUGGGCCGUAUCUUAUAUAGGAUACAUGGUAGAUUAGGAUAAACUAUUUUCCCGCGGGUGUACUUAUAACAUUCAGUUGACACGAUAUUCCACCACCGCCUUUAUGGACAUGUCUUUUUAUGCAGCAAAAAUGUCAUCCCUUGAGAAAAAAUACAGGAGCUGCUUACAGUUUAACAAUUUACGGUGACCAGAAUCUACGCAAUCACUGAGGACUUCAGAUCUUGUGUCCCGCAAUACAACCAUCGAAGGAUUUGCGAUGCUAAGUAUAUUCAUAACUCCUUAGUACCGCAAACGCCUACAGCGGUAGCCACUGCCCACCAGGUGGUAACGAACUUUCCUUAAACUUAUUGCUAUUAGUAAGCGCAAGGAUGGUUGGUAGCGAGGGAGG